GGCCGAGUCGUCAGUCCCGCCCUCGGUUCUUUCGCGUUUUCGGUCAGUCUCCGUUCGACGUUCGAACGGUGAGGUGUGUAUAGCGCGUGUGCGCACGGUUACUGUGGCGUACUGCGAGGUUAUAAUGGACGCGCCCGGCGGAGCGCGGGAGCCCCGCUUCGGGUCGCCGUACGGUAUGGGACUCCUUGGGGACGUCGGUGACAUGUACGGCGCGGGCCGGCCGCCCAGCUCGCUCGGCGGCGGCGGGCUUCGGCCAGGGAUGCAGCCCUGCCCGGUGCCAAGGGCCGGCGUCAAGCGACCCUCGGACCAGUGCUACGACGAGAGGCCGUCACAGAGUCUCGGCCUGGAACACUGCCCCAUGCCUGAUAUAGCGGAUGAUGGUUAUGCAUCUCUUCAACCCAAAAAGUCUCCCCCGUCCAAUGGCAAGAAGACAAAAGGACGUGUAAAGAUCAAGAUGGAGUACAUAGACAAUAAACUUCGACGGUACACAACCUUCUCCAAGCGGAAGACGGGCAUCAUGAAGAAGGCAUACGAGCUGUCUACGCUGACGGGCACUCAAGUGAUGCUGCUAGUUGCAUCGGAGACAGGGCACGUGUACACUUUCGCGACGCGUAAGCUACAGCCCAUGAUCACGUCAGACUCGGGCAAGCGACUGAUACAGACAUGUCUCAACUCGCCCGAUCCGCCCACCACCAGCGAGCAGCGAAUGGCCGCCACCGGCUUCGAGGAGACGGAGCUCACCUACAACGUGGUUGACGAGGACAUGAAGAUACUCGUAGAGUCCACGAAAAACAAAUCGAAGCAAAAGGAGGAGCCAGCAUCAUCAGGGGACAGCGGAGAUGAGAGCGGCAGCGAGCCCGACUCGCCAGGUGACAAGAAAUCGCAUGCGCACGAGUGGCUGCCCACAGAUAACCUCGAGCGUACAAACAACAGAGAACCUACAAAAGACCACUUACCAUCAACGUCCACAUCUAGCCAGGAACCAGAGAGCAGUAAAUCCAGUCAAUCGCCAAUGGCAAAGAGUAUGCCAAAGAUCAACUUGCCAGGGGGUGCCAUGCUCUACCACUCGGGCGUGUUGGCAGGCGUCGGCUUGGAUGGACUUGGCACUAACCUAGGACUUGGCAACUUGGCAAUGGGAUACCCGCAUAGUUUCAUAUUAGGUCUUGCCAAUCAAGGACAGGAAGGUGCGUCAUCAUCAGGGCAGCCGCAGUUCAUCACGAUCCCGCUGUCAAUGGCGAUGGCGGCUGCGGGAGCGGGUGCUGGAAGUGCGGGAGCUGGGGCAGGCAGCAACGGCUGUCCCGCCUCCAGCGAUGACAGCAGCGAGCUGCAGGACCUCACUACUACAGACAGAAAGACCCUAUAACUACGACAAUGAUGCAAGCUGUAAGAAGCAUUACAUGAAUAUGGAAGUUAAAUUUCUCUUUGUUAUCUACCAAAGUAUGGAUAUUAGAAGCAAUAAUAGUUUGUAUUGUUUAUACAAAAUUAAUACUUAAAAUGUAUUUUUAAUAAUUUAUUCGUGUAUUCCAUAAAUUGCUUGCCAACAUUACAACGUAAGUUAAUAACGAACAAGUCGAGUUUACUGAAUUUAAUUUAUUAUAACUAUUGUAAUGAGUAUUUGUGUAACCGUCGGUUUCCACUGCUGAAGUACACAACAAUUCGAACCAUCCGACGAAAUAAGGUACAUUCUAUAUUGAAUCUGAAUUAAAUAUGCAUAAUUCGUUGUUGGAA